GCUUGGCGGCACGCUCGGCGAUUUAUUUUACAGUAUUUUAAUCCCCAGAAUCAAAGACAAAAGGGAAGAGAACAACAGACGUCCCGGGAUUGAUCAAAUAGAGAUGAUCGCGGAAGUGUCUCCUCUUCAAUUAUUACAAUUCCUGCAAUUGUUUUAGACGUUUACUUCUUCGGCAACAGCUUGGUUGAUGUAUUUUGGGAAGUUGGUUUUCUCUGAGAUCAUUGCUGAAGCGGACUUCUUUCUUGGGCAGUUCAUGAGAAAUCUCCAUUGGGUUGUCGUCUUAAAUCUUCACCUGCGAACUGUCACACCGUUCCUGUGGUUUUUCUUCUUCGGAAAAUUCAGUUAUUCUUCAACUUUGGGCAAAAUUUUGGGGACCAAAUUCCGUUUUAGUAUUUAAAUUUUCUGGGAAUCUUGUGGAUUGAACGAUCAACCAGAAAAGGUGAAAUUUAUGUUUUGGGGAGCGAAAUGGCCGCCGGCGCUGGUCUGUCACCACCAUUGGCAGUUUUAGAGAGUGGAUAUGGUAAAGACAAUGGGGCUCUCUUGGAAAAUUCAGGUGCAGAGGGUCGGGAGAAUGCGAAGCAAUCAAAGGGCGGAAGGCCACCACGCAGUCUUUCCACCAUUCAGCUUUGCGGCCGUGCGGUCCGCCAUGCAAAUUCGGCAGACUUGGACGUGGACUUUGGAAGUUUGGAUUUUAAGUCACCAUCAGAGGAAAAGGGUGGGUUUCUGCCGAUAUUUCGUUCAGGAAGCUAUGCUGAGAUAGGGCCAAAGCCAUAUAUGGAAGAUGAGCACAUCUGCGUUGAUAAUUUAGUAGAGUAUCUAGGACCAACAGUUGACUGCCAAUUUGCAGGUGCUUUUUAUGGAGUAUUUGAUGGACAUGGUGGACGUGAUGCUGCAGUUUUUACUCAGAAAAAUAUCCUCAAAUUCAUAGUUGAGGACACAGAGUUCACCAAUUGCCUAGACAAAGCAAUAAGAAAUGCAUUUGUAAAAGCUGAUCAAGCAUUGGCAAGUACAUGCGCUCUUGAUACCUCCUCUGGAACCACUGCACUGACUGCAUUUAUUUCUGGAAGGACCCUGGUUGUUGCAAAUGCGGGUGAUUGUCGGGCUGUGUUGGGAAAACGAGGCAGAGCUGUUGAAAUGUCCAGGGAUCACAAACCCAAUUGCAGCAUUGAGAAGCUAAGAAUAGAGAAGUUAGGGGGUACCGUUUAUGAUGGAUAUUUGAAUGGUCAAUUAUCAGUUGCAAGAGCUCUAGGAGAUUGGCACAUGAAAGGCCCGAAAGGAUCCUUCGGCCCGCUCAGUGCAGAGCCUGAGUUGAAGCAGGUUAUACUCACAGAUGAAGAUGAGUUUCUGAUAAUGGGUUGUGAUGGACUUUGGGAUGUCAUGAGCAGCCAGUGCGCAGUAACAAUAGCUAGGAAGGAGCUCAUGCUACAUAAUGAUCCAGAGAGAUGCUCAAGGGAACUAGUAAGGGAAGCUCUGAAGCGCAAUACAUGUGAUAACUUGACAGUUAUUGUUGUUUGCUUCUCGCCUGAGCCACCCCCUCGAAUUGAGAUACCGAAGACCCGAGUUAGGAGAAGCAUAUCAGCUGAAGGAUUGAGUUUCCUCAAGGAAGUGUUAGACAGCAAUAUUUGAGGAUAUGCAUAUUUGGGCAAUUGAAUUUUUCUGUUUUUAUUUACUUCAUUCAAUUUUAGGUUCUGAUUUUUUAUGUAAAUGGGGAUUUAGAUGGCGUCUGCUGAUGGUCUGGCUUGGCAUUAGUUCAACUACACUAGAAAUAAAAUUUGUAGAAGAUGAUCUUUUUAGUCCAGAUGAGUCUGUGUAACAAUUGUACAUCUGAGGCUACAUUUUUCAUUUAAUAGAAAGGGUCAAAUUCUUUAAA